GGAAGUUGCACUGCAAUCUUUCAAUUCUCUCGCCAUUGAAGUAGGAAUCUGAAACAGAGACAAGAAGUAAGUAGGAAGGCUAGAAAGGGUGCUCUUAAUCAGGGUAACCCGACCCCCCUUGGACAAGUACUGCUUUUUCCAACCCGCCAACCUCCUCUCGACUCUGUCCACAACCGGAUUCCAGCUCCCCACACAUCUCGAAGGGGCACCCAAAGGCAAUCCUAAAUAAGAAAUGGGAAAAGAGCUAGUGCAACAUUCAAGGAUGUGAGCAAACAACUCAAUUUCCGGAACAUCCCCAACAGGCACAAGAAUACUCUUUUCAACAUUAACCUUAAGGCCAGAAACAACUUGAAACCAAAUUAGAAUGCAUCUCAAAUACCUCAGCUGGGACACAUCCGCAUCACAAAACGCAAUAGUGUCAUCUGCAAACAUCAAAUGAGAAACCUCCAGUUGACUAGCAACAUCCCUGCCCACCUGAAAGCCUCUCAAAAAACCUAGCUCCACAGCCCUCUUUAGAAUACAUAUGGGGAAAAUUAAGUAUGACUACAAUGUAUGUCCUAGAUAGUUGAGAUGUUUAUGAGUUAUCAGAAAAUGUCUGCAAUGCAAUAUACUUUGUUCAUUAACCUUGGGCUAUCUUUGAUUUUUUAAGCUGAUGCCUGAUAGCUCUGAUAGCUCAUUGUAAUGAUUCUACAAGACAUGAUUAAUAUUAUUUUGUUUUCUUAUCUAAGGUUAUCAUGUUUUAAUUAGUUAUUGUUAUUAUUUUUCAUUAUAUGUUGGAGUUCACCCUGUUGAAAGAAGUGGAGGCUUGAAGCUUACUUGUCUUGCACCUAUAUGCUGUGCAAUUUCAUUUGUUUGUCACCUGUGUAUUAUUUCUUAGCCGAGAGGGUUUCCGGCGAGCAUGCAUGAGGGUGGACAUCAGAUGUGAUGAUGAUUCAACAGGAGUAAAUGUAGCAAAGCUUUUGAAGAUAGCGUGGAUGACUCUCCCAUUGGGAAUAAUUAUCACACUUGCAGCAUGUGUAUUUGUCUUUUGGUGGCAAGACCUAAGUUAUUCUAGUCCCUAUGCGCAAGCUAUCUUGAUUAACGGUUUUGCAUGUAUUGUGGAGCUAUUGGCAGAACCCUUCUAUAUUCUUUCACAGAACUUGCUCCUCCUCAAACUGCGGCUAAUGGUUGAAACUGCAGCUACACUUUUUCGCUGUAUGACAACCUACAUCCUCAUUAUCAAGCGAACUGACAUGGAGAAAGCGAUUGUAUUUGCAUUAACUCAAACUGCUUAUGGAGCUUGCUUGUUCUUUGGUUAUUGGGGAUACUUUCUUCUUUCUCGUGCAUUCCAAAGUUCUGAUCUCUUCCCUUUCAGAAUAGGAUAUCUAAUGGAUUACGAUAAGCAGCUGUCAAAUAUGUGUAUGUUGUUUACCCUUCAAUCUUUUCGGAAGUUGAUUCUUCAAGAAGGAGAAAAGAUAGUCCUUGUAUGGUUGGAUACACCAUAUAACCAAGCUGUAUAUGGACUUGUAGACAAGUUAGGAAGCUUAGUGGUGAGGUUAGUGUUUCUUCCAUUUGAAGAGAGCUCAUUUGCUACAUUUGCAAGGUCCGCAUCAGGAGAAAACGCACAGAAAAGCAAGAAGUUAGGAAGAAGUCUAACAGAUGCUCUGAAGCUUGUUUUAUUAAUUGGUCUUGUAGUUAUGGCAUUUGGCCCGAGCUAUUCUUACUCUCUCAUCAGAUUGUUGUAUGGUCGAAAAUGGAGUGAUGGAGAAGCGUCCACAGCCCUCCGGUGUUAUUGCGUUUAUGUGAUUGCUUUGGCAAUGAAUGGAACAUCGGAAGCAUUUCUGCAUGCAGUUGCAACAGAGAACCAACUCAAGCGUUCAAACGAUUCCCUGCUUGUAUUCUCAUUAAUUUACAUAGUACUGAAUGUCUUAUUAAUACGAUCAGCUGGUGCAGUUGGGCUAAUCGUUGCGAAUUCCUUGAAUAUGACUUCUAGGAUUAUUUACUCAGCAGUUUUCAUCAAGAACUAUUUUCAGGAUUCUUCCUCAUUUUCGUUUCGCAACUGCUUGCCUUCAGGCUGGAUAGCUCUUCUAUUUUCAAGUGUAGCCACUCUCAUCUCUGAGAAAAUAUUUCUGGAUCCGGAUAACUUCUGGCCAACUUUUUUCAUUCACUUCUCCAUUGGAUUGACUUGCUUCUGUGUAGCAUCCUUUGUCAUCUACCGCAAGGAAAGGUCCUUUAUCAACAAUAUUAUAUGUUUUCAUGACCAUGCUGACUGAGAAAGAACAGAGAAUUUUUUUGCACACAAUUGCAGGAAUCCAUUUCACGGUUUCGCUCCAUCUUGGCACUGGCUUCUUGGCCUUAAGCUGCACUCUGUUGCAGUUUUGUGAGAGAAUUCCGAGCCAGAAACUCUCUCUUGAUUUGUAAUUGCACACUGUUGCAUUUGAAAAGAAACUAUAGGUUGUGAAAAGGCGAAAGGCAAACUUGCGCUUCUCUCCUUCUUUCUUUUCUCAGAAAGGAUUAUUAUUAUUAUUAUUAUUUUUUUGUCAAAAGUAAAAUAGCAAAACUAUUACUACAUUUUUUUCCCCAGUAAAUAACAGUGUAACUCACUGUAUGAUAAAUACAAUGUUUAUGUCAAUUGACUUUUUGGAUUCC